AAGCCAGUGUGACUGAGUGUGGGAGAGGAAUGGCGCCGGCGGCUGAAGGAACAAGAACAGAAACCGCUGGAAAAGCUGAGCAGGUCCGGCAGCUCGUGUUGAGAGAAAUGUGAGGACGUGUUUCGGGUCCGGGGAUCCUUCUUCAGAACAGGACCAGGUUUCAGAAACAUCCCGGGGAGGUCGCCAGGCCCGAGCGCCAAGACCUGGCUCCUGCCCCCGGGGAGAGGAGACAGUGAGACAGGGAAGACAUGUGGAAAGAAAUCUGGAAGCAAUUGAUACAUUAACUUUUGACAGAACCACUUGCUUCACUGGGAUUUGAAUAUCAGCAACUGUUCAAAUUGAGAAGAAACGUUUGCUUUUGUCUGCUGGAGAGAUUUUGGAAACCGGUAUGGCAGAAAGUGAGGGAGAUUCAGUGUGCUGACUGUAAAAGCUGCUUUAAACCAUUUGCCCAGCUUGGGGGAUCAAAAUCUCACCAUUCGUGGUGGGGAGAGACUGUGGACGUAUUUUGUUUGUAAUUUCAAACCCAGAGUGACACAAGGAAAGCUGUCUCCAUGGGGAAACCGUGGAAAUGUGAGGAUUGUGGGAAAGGGUUCCCUUCCCCCUCGGUGCUAGAAACUCACAGACGCGUUCACACUGGGGAGAGGCCAUUCUCCUGCACCGACUGUGGGAAGGGAUUCAGUUGGCUGUGCAACCUGUUGGCACACCAGCGAGUUCACACAGGGGAGAGGCCAUUCACCUGCUCCAUGUGUGGGCAGGGAUUCAGUCGGAUGGGCAACCUGCAGACACACGAGCGGGUCCACACGGGAGAGAAGCCUUUCACGUGCCCUGUGUGUGGGAGGGGGUUUGCUCAGUCAUCUACCUUGCUGGUCCACAAACGGGUCCACACGGGGGAGAGGCCAUUCACCUGCUCAGUGUGCGGAAAGGGAUUCAGUCGGAUGGGCAACCUGCAGACGCACGAGCGGAUCCACACGGGAGAGAAGCCAUUCACGUGCCCCGUGUGCAGGAGGGGCUUCAGUCAUGUGGGCAACUUGCGGCAGCAUGAGCGGGUCCACACUGGGGAGAGGCCGUUCACCUGUUCAGAGUGCGGGAAGGGAUUCAUCGAUUCCUGCAGCCUGUUGACCCACCAGCGGGUCCACACCGGAGACAACCUGCUCACCUGCUCUCUGUGCGGGAAGGGCUUCACCAGCUCCUCCCACCUGCAGAGGCACCAGCGAGUACACGAGCCAUCGCAGGGGAAUUGAAGGAACAGUGGCCGAGUGCCAUUAUCAGCUGGACUGUCAACCCAGUUCUGGGGACUCCUGGGUUCAAAUCCCGCCUUGGCAGGUGGCAGAAUUGGAAUUCGGUCAGAAAUCUGGAAUUCAGAAUCUAAUGAUGAAACCAUUUUUAGGGCAAAAAUGAAAAUCCCCAUCUGAUUCACUCUCGUCCUUUUUAGGGAAGGAAACUUCUGUUGUGGGAAAGGAUUUACUCGGUCAUCCCAGCUGCAUCCUUUACCUGGUGUGGCCUACAUGUGACUCCAGACCCAUAGCAGUGUGGUUGACUCUUGACUGCCCUCCCUCAUUUCUGGGAAAUGAGUGGGGAGAAAUUUACUUGGAUACAGAGCAUGGGUUGAAAUUGCUGAGUGAGGCAAUACUUCUUGUGGGUUAAGGCUGUACCAAGGUCCAUUUACAAAGGGACAACCAAUAGUAAAGAAAAUAGGGGAUGGGGAGUGUGUGUACCUUGAGCUGUUUUAAAAUGAAAUAAGCUACUUUUCAAAUGCAUUUUUGCUGGGGAAAUCUGAAGCAGUAACAAAGUUGGGUCACAAUAAAGGUUACCUGAACUUA